AUGUCAGACUUAGAAGAAACCCAUAAUCUGGAGGAUUUGUCACCAGUGGAGAUAGACACUGUUAUGACUACGAAAUCUCGACUUCCAGAAUUUGAUCGUAGUGAUCCUGAGUUGUGGUUUGCUCAACUCGAGCAUUAUUUCACGAGACACAAUAUCAAAUCUGAAGGGAUUCGCUAUAGAGAUUUGUGUUCUAUCCUUCCUCCUUCAGUCGCCAAAGAAGUCCGUGACUUGAUUUUAGAUCCACCAUCACCACAACCGUACACCAUCUUAAGACGAGAGAUAAUGAACCGUUUAUCAUUAUCAGAUAGUCAAAGAAUCCAAAGACUUUUUCAAGGUGAAACACUAGGUGAUCGGUCGCCGUCACAAUUUCUACGUCACCUCCAAGUCUUAGUGGGUGAUAACACAGUGGGUGAAGCAGUCCUAAAACAAGGAUGGAUACAAGCUCUCCCAUGCUACGUCCAACAUUGUUUGGAUGCACAAGAUCCUGAAACCUCAUUAUCUCAUUUAGCGCGUAUAGCUGAUAGAAUAAUGGAAAGAGGUCCUCCAACUGGAUCAGGCACAAUAAAUCACACACAGAAAGUAGAAUCAGCAAAAGACCCCGUCAUAGAAGGACUCAUUGCGAGUGUUAAGAGUCUCACUGAGGCUGUCACCAGAAUGCAAAUGAGUCAUACAAACAGGAGCAGGUCACCACAACGAUCACGAUCCAAGUCACAAAAUAGGUCACAAAUGUCCAGACAAUCUGGGCAGUUUUGUUGGUACCACUGGAAGUUUGGUGUCGACUCAACCAAGUGCAGGCAACCAUGCGCCUGGCCUAAGCAUAAUUCCAAGACAGCGGGAAACGAGUAA